AUGUUAUUUUUGUUUCAAAUAAUUUUUUGUUCAAAACAAAUAUUAGAUAAUAAUGUAACAUUAGAUCUAAGAAUAAAUAUAUCAAGUACCUCAAGAGCAUACGAAAAUGAAGGGUUAUGUGGGAAUGUAGAUAUACAACAAAAGAGUCAAGAACCGACUAAAACAGAAGAUAAAAAUAUAGAUGUAUAUCAAUCUGAUUCUAAUUUAUUAACAGAUUUUACAGGUAAGAAUUUAAACAAUAGAUGUAAAAAUGUCGAUUAUGAUCUAUGUAAUUUGUCGUCUUCAAUAACUGAAGAGAACAACUUGAUGCCACCCAGUUUUACAAGAAGUACAGUUAUUAAAUAUGUAUCUAAAAAACAUCAUUGUGCGUCAGAAGAAUCAAGAAAUGACACAAAACGUCUCAAAACCUCAAAUAGUGGUGGAAAUGAUACAGCAGAGCAUUCUCGAAUUUAUUCAUCUUGGAAUAAUAAUGAGAAUUUAUUAUUACAUAAAAAUCAAAAUGAUUUAAUACAAGAGCAAUAUGUUACUUCAGAAAAUAAUGCAUUUUUACAGAAAAAUAAUAAUGUUUUGGUUUUAUCAAAAAAUCAAAAUUAUUACUUAAAAACUAAUGGUAUAAAUGAACUAAAUGAUGUUCAAACAGAUGCUCUAUUUAAUUUUAAUAAUGUAUUGUUAAAAAAUACCUCUGAAGGUAGUUAUUCUUUUAACAAUUCUUACAAAAAUGAUAACAACGAAAAAGACAAAGGGACAAAACCAAAAAUCAUUAUCUUAUCUAACAUACAAACAAAUGGCAAUGAUUUUACAUUAAAAUCUAAACGAAAAAUAAAGACUAGUAGAAUAACUCUAAAAAGUCAAUUUACAGCUAGCGAGCGCGAACUUUAUAAGAAAUACCAGCGAUCUGAAAAAAACUUUAGAGAGAUUUAUAAACUUGAUAUUAAAAGUCGAAUGCCGCAAUUUAUUAAUCAACUUGAAAUAUCUAAUCUUUCUGAUGACUUGAAACAAAAUUCAAUUUUUGCUCUAAGAAGUCUUUUAAGUUUUUUAGAUACGAUAAGUGCAAUUUAUAUUAAUACAAAGAAAAAGA